GAGUGUCAGGGCGUCAGUGAGGCGUUGGAAGUUGUGGAAGGCAGACAAGCAUCUCUCCCUUGCAUCCUUUCGUAGUGUCGCUGCCCUUAUAAGCCUGCCAGAACGGAGAGGAUUGGCGGACUCGGCAGACAUUGAAAUAGAAAGAAAGGAAAGGAAGAAAGAGAAAGCCUGAAUCAUGUCUGGAAUGGAGAAAAUGGAGAUCUCAACCAAUGGGGGACGUAGCUUCACCGUCUACGUCCAGGGUGAUUUGACCAAGGCUGACCAGCGCGCAGUGUUCCUGACCGUUCACGACAUGGGAUGCAACCACUCGUCCUGGGCUGAGUUCGUGACCCACCCCGUUAUGAGGGAGACCAAGGACCGAUCUGUGUUCAUCCACGUGGACAUCCCCGGACAGGAGGACGGAGCUAAGGACCUGCCUAACGACUACGUGUUCCCGACGAUGCAGAUGAUCGCUGAGGACCUGAUCGCCGUGCUGGACCAACUCAAGGUGAAGCUGGUCAUCGGGCUGGGCGAGGGCGCGGGGGCGAACAUCCUGGCCCGCUUCGGGAUGGCCUACCCUGACCGCUGCAUGGGCCUGAUCCUCAUCCACUGCACCUCCACCACCGCCGGCGUGAUGGAGCACUUCAAGGACAAGAUCAUCUCCUGGAAGCUGAACAGUGUUGGAAUGCACCCGACCGCUGAACAGUAUCUCAUCUUCCACAAGUUUGGCCAUCGCUUGAUUGAGCAACUGGACUCCGCCGAGAACAAGGAGCGUUUGAUCAAGGAGUACCAGGAUCGUCUCCAGAGCAAGAUCAACCCCAAGAACCUGAGGAAAUACGUCGAGGCCUUCCUGAAGCGGUCUGACCUUUCCGGCAAGCUGGAGUCCAAGCUGAAAGUGGAGACCCUGCUGGUGACGGGUGCCAAGGCCUCCCAUGUUCACACCGUUCACACCAUGCACCAGAGUUGUAACAAGCAGAAGGCCUCCCUGCUGAAGAUCGACGAUGUUGGUGACGUCCUGGCCGAAUGUCCUGAGAAGUUCGCCCAGUCGCUCCAGCUGUUCUGCAAGGGCCUGGGCGUCCUCACCUCCCUGCCCCUGAGCGGAGUGGAACGCCAGCGCACAUUCAGCGGCUCCUCCACCGACGAGGAGUCCUGCCCCGCCGGCAGCGCACGAUGAGCAUGGAGGAGUACGACACCCCCAACCUGAGACGCUUCUCCUUCUCCUCCACCCAGACAGCCGCCAACUAGAGGCCGCGCGGUGUUAGUGUCCCGCUGCGUGUUGCUCCGUAGCCUAACCUAACCUAGAGGGUCAAACUAAGGCUGGAUCUCCCUGUAAAGUGUCAUUUUAAGGGCUGCUUUCACAGUCAUUUUGUUUUGAUCGUUACCAAUGGCGGCGAUCACCACUAUAGUAUGGGGUGGUGGCGGCUGCGGGGUUAGCCUAGCCCCGCACCUUACCACACACUCUCAACACCUCGCUUCCUCUGCAGCCGCCACUACCCCAUAGGCCAGUUUCAUGUGGAAAUCUAUAGCGUCGAUCGCCGCCAUUGGUAACGAUUAAACAAAACGACUGUGCAAGCGCCCCUUAGGCCUAGCUCACCCCUGGCUUGCAGUAGGGUAUGUGCUAAGGGUACACACUAGUCCACUUAGCAUCUGGCACAUGGAAACUGAGCUGAGAUGUGAAGAGUAAAUAUUGUCCGAGGGUUGAAUACUUUACGUUCUGGCGGUAGAUUUAUAUAUUUGUUUCUUGGUUCAGUUUUCAUGUGAGUGCUAAAUGGAUGUGUGAGUACUACCAGCAGACAUACCUUAAUCUCUAUCUCUUGAAUCAUUACAUUUGUCCCUCUCUUCCUCCUCCUCCUCUGACAGUCCCCGCCCCCCCCAUCCCCACGCCCCCCCAGCCCUGUACACACUUUGAGGCCUUCUCCAUGGUUCCCCCAGUGGGUGUGUCCGCCCCAGCACCAGCCCCAGGGGAGGGACGCAUUUAACACCCUACUGAUCCCACCUCCGGCCUGGUUCUGUGGCUGAACCCCUUGGGCUGACCUGGGUACCUCAGCAUCCAGGUCACCAGGGAGUGUAGCCCAGAUUCAUACUUGUGGGCGCCGGCGCAGGUCGUCCCCCCCAGUUGUGUGACCUGGCUGCUUGGGGCGAGGUCAGGUCAGGUCAGGGAAGGUCAGGUUGCGUGCCACUGCCUGUAAAUGGUCUGUUGUUGUGGUAUUGUUGAAUCCAGGUUAUAUAUAUUAUUAGAGGUAUGUCCUGCCGGCCUGCUUGCCUCGACGCCCCGCCCACACCUCGGCCUGCACCCUAUACCGCAGCUUGGGGUGUUAGGGGCGGCAGGGGUGUGGUUGGGGUGGCGGUGAUGGCAGGUCAGCACACGUAGGUAGGUAAAGACUAAACGCAGUGGGAGUUAAACGCAAUCGAGUAUCGUAGAGAAGUUUAGUAGCAAAGCGAAUAGACGGACAGACAGACGAGGUGGACUGAAGCGUGUUUGCAUGUUUGUUUUAUAUGCACACACCAACACACACACACACACACACACACACACACACACACGUAAACACACCUUGCUUGUUCACGUGUAAGCGCCGCAUCAAAGCGAAGCAUCACAAGGUCGCUGUCUCGGGAUCUUGUUUUAAAAGCAGCUCAACUUAACGGAUUUUUUUUUUUUUUUUUAUCGCUCUUGUACAUAAAUAACUACGAGAUACGAAUGUGCUGGAGAGGGAUUCCGAACCUCCUUCACGUCUGUACACUCGGAGGUGACGUUGAUUAAAAAGUAUAAUGGUGAAUGAUGUUGAUGUUCGCUCUACCUACUCAUUGUUACGACACUCACGAUAUAUAUUUUUAUUGUUGUUUUUUGUACACCGAGUGAGUGAGUGAGUGGCCGGUGCACUCGACUCCACGCACGCAACGUAACAACACAACGCUCGCCGCCUCCCUACAGGACACCAGCCCCGACGGAAAGGAUAACCGCUCACAAGUUUUCGGUACAUUCGCAAUUGUUAUGGACGCCGAAACUGCUUACGUUGACUCUCGUAAUUGUUAUAAACGCCACGAGUCACGCUUCCAAGGCUCGUAACUCUAUUGAACAGCUCGUUAAGAAGUCAUGACACAAGUGCAUCCUCUCCUUCCUUACUUCCUGGUGUCCUUGACUGGGGAAACUAAAAUAAUCAAAUAAAUGAAAAGCAAAGGUGCAAGACGCAAACAACAACAGUAAUAACAACAACUACCGACUUGAUAACUGCCAACAACAACAACAACAACAAAAAUAAUAAUAAUAAUAAUAAUAAUAAUAGCGAGAUGAUUUGUAACGAUUUUUUGCUUCAGCUCUUGCCAGCUUCGUCGCCGACUGCAGCACUCCCAUCGGAAACGCUCGCGAUAAACAAAACAUAAAUGAAAUAUCCAAGUAAAUAAACGCGCCUAAUAAACAAUGCAUAUCCUGAUGAUUUUACUAUAUAUGAACUUUCUGGACGCACUAUUCAAACCUCCAAUUUUUUCUAUAGUACCCCCUUUCUCGCCCCUCCCCCUCCCCUCCCCCAUCCCCCAUCUUCCUCUCUUUCUUUCAAGUCUCGUAAAAGUUAAAUAAUGAGAGUUUGCUUAAAUAUCUAAAAGGGAGAUCUGAUGAUGGGUGUUUGCAGUUGCUAUUCAAAAAAAGGCUUCUGAUAUGGGUUAGACAAAUGCUGUAGAGUUGUGUGAUCAGCUGUCUAUUUAGAAACAGAAAAAGACGUACUAAUGAGUCUUUGCCCAUUGCUUCUGAUAACUACGUCUAUGGAAUCACCCUUAUUGUUUCUUCUCGUAUAAUUCGCACCUUAAUUCUGUACAUAUUUCCUGCCCCUUCCAUCCUUUGCAAACUGUGUAGGAUGAAGGAAAGGGGGACUUGAGAAUUACUGAUGUCUGAUUAAAUACUGAUUGUUGUUGCUAUCAUAUUGUUUCUCUGAUUGUUUCUAGAUGGACAGGCUGGCAUGCUUUAGGGAUCUUAGAAAGUUAUAUUAGAUGAACUAGGGUACACACACACACACACACACACACACACACACACACACACACACACACACACACACACACACACACACAUACAUACACAUACAUACACACACACAUGGAACGCACUACCAGAAGAAGUUGUGUGUGUGUCAAAAAUAUUUAUAGUUUUAAAGAAAAGUGUGAUGAAUUGAUGUAAAAAAACGGGACAAAACGAGCUUGACUCAGUCCUGUGAAAAUACAAUCAGGUAAGAACAAUUAGGGAAGAACACACACACACACACACACACACACACACACACACACACACACACACACACACACACACACACACACACACACACACACACACAGUUACCUCCUCCUGAUUAGCUCAUUCUACAGUUUCUUCUUCCUGCCUCUUAGAGAAAAACAAAUGCCUAGACAAAUUAAUCCUCAAACACACGCAAAAGUAAUAAUAAUAAUAAUAAUAAUGAUAAACACACUUGUAUGUUUGUAAUCUUAGCAAUUUGUUUUCUCCGACACACACACACACACGCACGCACACACAAACGCAGGUACAUAUAAAUUAACAACACUCUCGUUCUCACCUGUCGUCACGUGUAUGUUGACUUGUUUUUUUUUUUUUUUUACUUUUUUUUUUACUUUUUUUUCACCGAUACGCAAAAAAAAAAAGUACACACGCACACACUCCUGUAUCCACUCACACUUCCUUUUGUUUCACUGUAUAAUUUUUCUUUUUCACACUGCAGAAAAUAAAUAAUGUACAAUAAUCACAUGUAAUUCAUAUAAUUAUUAUUAAUACAGUAUUUUUACUAAAGUUU